GGGAUGGUCGAAGACAUUAUGGUAAAAAGUUCUUUCAGCCUCUGGUAACACUGGCCGUCGUUGCGUUUUAUGCAAUAAGUAAACAAAUCAAUUUAUAAACAAUGAGCCUUACCGAUGUCUGCCGCAUUUGCGCCAACAAAAUCAAGGGCCACAAGCGGGAUCGCAACAUAUUCAAGUACAUGCGGGGAAGAUUGCUGGAGCAACUGAAGCUAAUCACGGGAGUGGAGUUAACAACGAACCAGGGGCUGCCGGAGUUCGUUUGUGAGCGCUGCUUCUCCGAGCUGGACCUGGCCACAAAGUUCCGCGAGCGGUGCAUCUUUUCGCAAAAGUACCUCCUGGAGAUUAGGAAGAAAUCAAAAGAUCAGAGCAUUGUUCACAUCGACCUUAGUCCCGAACCGCUGGACGAGCAACUGAUUGAUGCGGAUCAGUUGGAGGUGGACGACGACGAGCAGUUUGUGUGUUAUCAAGACACUGAAGAGGACCCCCAAGAUCUGGAGGAAUUCCAGCCGGAUGAAGAACCCUCGUCCUCGGUGAUCGCGGCAGCAGAGGCGACGCACCAAGCGGAUCUACAUGAGCAGCAAAUAGAACGGGCCGCCAAGAGGCGCAGGAACUUCUUUAUUUGCGACGAGUGUGGGACCCUGUUCCAUGAUGAGUACCUGUACAACGAGCAUCUGAAUGGGCACCAAAACAGGCGGGAGAUGAACCAGUUCUUCCCUUGCCCGGAGUGCCCAGAGACUUUCAAAAAGAAGGCCCUUCUGAAGCUUCACCGUGCCCAGUUUCACUCAACCCAGCGCAAGUUCAAGUGCACCAUCUGCAACGAGGUUUUCGCGGCUAUGGGGGCCAAGCUGCGUCACGACAAAGCCCAUGAGAACGAAAGACCUUAUCCAUGCCUAGAAUGCGGAAUGAUCUUCAGCAGCGUUUCCGAAUUGCAGAAUCACUGUUUGAUACACUCCGAGGAAAACCGGAAGUUCAGGUGUGAGCCUUGCAACAAGGAUUUUAUAACUCGCAGGGAUCUGGUGGCCCAUACAAAAACAGCACCGCACAAGCGUUUUGCUAAGUAUAUGCAGGAUGAAUUCGAGUUGAACGAAUUGUUAACCUACUCCUAAGUUAUUAAAUUGUAAAUCAU